CUGCCCAACGAUCGUAGAAUCAGUUGCGAGGCAGAAGCGCGAGAGUUAAGAACGUGAGACGGAACCUGGCACAGAAUCGUAUCAAUCGAAUCAUCCCAAUAUGACCUGGAAGACUUUCACGCUGCUGCCGCUAAUGCUGCUGCUGGCAGCGACAACAGCUGCGUCCUACUUAGCCUCGAGCACCACAACAGAGAAGCUCGACCCCACCACCGUGGGUGCGGUGGAGCAAAGCACUUUGUUCAAGGAGGAAGAUUUUCCAGCCAUGGCGCCAGCACAGGCAGCGGAAUCAUCCCAACCGAUUCUGCUGCAGCCACCACCGAUUGCCGGGGGCAGUGGGGAAGACGAUGCACUGCGUCGUCGCACCGUCACCUAUGACCAGCGACAGGAGGGGCAGUACAACAUCCGCGCCGAUCUGGAGAACUUUAUGAUCCUGCUGAUACCACCCGGACCGCAGGACGGACUCAGUCUGCUGGACAUCCUAAGCCGUGGCGCAUCGACCAAGAGCGGCAAACGCAAGAGCCCACAACGCAGUCCCUCGCUGAAGUCCUUCUACCAAAGAAACCAACUCCAGAGGCUGCAGCAUCAACAGCAGCAGCAGCUACAGCUUCAGCAGCCCGCACAGCCUGUGGUGGGUCUGCCCGAAUUCAUUGAGGGACGCACGCCCUACCAUGUGGACAUCUCGGCCAGUGACACGGAGCAGGCACAGCGACUGCAGCGCCAGCAGGUGGAUGUGCUGCCCCCACAGCUGAUACAAUUGCCGCAGCUAAUCAAACCCUUCCACCUGGAGGCAGAGCCAGAGCUCAUCCAGGCCCUUCCGCCGGUGCCGGCCACGAGCAGUGCUGCAGGAUCGAACCUGCUAGAGAGCUACAAUCAGCCCGGAUCCCAUUACUUUCGCAAUUCGCGCGCCCUAAGGGGCGACAGCUACUUGGAGACCAACCGCCUGGCUGGCGGCGAGUACGCCCCGGCACCGCAUCCACGCUCCAUCAGCGUGCCCAUCUACCGCAGCGAGCUCAGUGGCCAGGCCAAUGCCUUGUAUCCGCCCAUCGAUGCCCCAGCCUAUGUCCUGAACGAAGCCCGAGGCUGGCAGCUGGAUGAAGAGCCCACCCAGGUGGAGCCCAAGCAUCUGCUGGAAACGGAUAUCAUUAGCUUCGAUCUGCUGUCCGACGAUCUGGGCGAUUCCAAGACCCUGCUCCGGGACGGACUGGCUCGCUGUGCUCGCGGCGAAAGGCGCGACAGCUACGGCGCGUGUCGCCAGAUCGAGGGCUACUGACGCGGACGAGAGCAACCAGACUGCUGCUAAAUGAAAGCCUAAACAUUAGUUAUAGAUUAAAUACAAAUACACUUUUGCACAACCUAGAAUUAAGCUGAGCCUGAGCCUACUAUUAUUAUAUAACAAAUAAAUACAAACACACGUAAUGCCCGAGCUGUUAA